AUGGAUAUUGCCAUCCAGCACCCUUGGUUCAGACGUGCCCUGGGCUCUGCCUACCCUGCCCGACUCUUUGACCAGUUUUUCGGCGAGGGCGUGUUUGACCACGACUUCUUCCCUUACACCACCUCCACCAUCAGCCCCUAUUACAGACAGUCGCUGUUCCGCAACUUUUUGGACUCUUCCAACUCCGGCUUCUCUGAGGUGAGGUCUGACAGGGAUAAGUACACAGUCUACCUUGACGUCAAGCACUUCUCUCCCGAUGAGCUCAGUGUGAAGGUCACUGAUGAGUACGUGGAGAUCCAGGGCAAGCAUGGAGAAAGACAGGACGACCACGGUUACAUCUCUCGUGAGUUUCACCGCCGCUACCGCCUCCCCUCCAGCGUUGACCAAUCAGCAAUCACCUGCACCCUGUCAACUGAUGGUCUGCUGACUCUGACCGGGCCAAAGAUCAGCGGGGGGAGUGAAUCUGGCCGCAGCGAGCGCAGCAUCCCCGUCACCCGUGACGACAAGACCAACGCUGCUGCGUCCUCCUAA